CUCACGUGCUCGCGGAGCGCAUGAAAACAAAACUGAUCGUCUCAUGCAACAGCAACGGAACACCACUAUAUGGAUAGAUUAUAAGCUGUUAUAGUUGUUUCAAAUGUUGAUCCAAUUGAACACUUUAUAUGAUGUUAGCAGUUCUAGACAGCUGCAGAAACAUUCACGCUUGAUCUAGAGUGGCUGGAAAUAUGAAUUAUGCUGCUCUUCUGCUUUCUACCUGCUAAUGAGUAACGUGAAAACCCUCGGGAAAAUGUUCCCUUGCUGCAUUAGAAGGCGUUUUCUGCUUUUAGUCCAAAAAAUGCCUCAAUAUCAUCAGAAUAGAUUUAAGUGUAGUGCAGAAACUAGUGAUGACAGUUCUGAUCAAACCAGCCUGCUGAUGCGACUGUUCGCUGAUCGCUAUUACAUUUCUCCUGGUGUUUUCCACAGCAAAACCUGUACAUAUGGACCUUUAGGAACAGAACUGAAGAAAAACAUUCACGAACAGUGGUGGACGUCUGUAGUCAGAUCAAGAGCACAAGUGCUGGGGAUCAAUACUUCACUGUACGGUGGAACAUGUGAGGAACCUGUCAGGAUUGUUAACUGUGGGGCCAUUCAAGAAAUUCUCAACCAGAACAGUUUCACGAAAGAAGAAGCAACUCAAAAGAUUCAAAAACUUCUUCAAGACAGUGUGCCUGUUCGGACGAGUCUCCUGCAAGGUGCUUUGCAGCAGUAUAUUCAGGCUUUGGAGCUUGUAAAUAGGAAAUUGCCCUUUGGAUUAGCAGAGAUAGGUUGGUGCCAUCGACCUGAUGAACAGCUCAGACAUGCACCCUUUUGUUCCUCUGAGGUAACUGAAUCGUUGUUGGUCUGGUUCUGUUCUGCUCGAACCUCCUCACAGUGGAUGGAUUUCUGGGCUCGUCAGAGACUGCAGUGGUGGAGAAAGUUUGCUUUAGGUCCGUCUGACUUUAGUAUGUGUGAUGUGGUGGAUGAGGAACUGAAAGAGGGGGCAGCUCAUGGCAUCAAAGUCCUUUAUAAAUUCCCCUGGGGCCCAGAGACCCUAGAGACACUUUGGAGCCUGGGGGACGCUCAUCUGCUGAAGACUCACCAGGGAACAGGCACAAUACUACAGUGCAGAGAUGGAAGGAAGUCUGUAGUUCCUCAUGUUAUCUCUAUCAGUGGGAAUAUGGACCGAGGCAUGCUGGCUUACCUGUUCAACUCACUACAGCUGCUGAAGAAAACUGACAGAAAUAUGAAACUUUAUCAGAGGACAGUUUUGAAGCUGCAUCCCACUUUAACUCCUGUGAAAGUGGCCCUAGAUAUGGGACGGGGCUCUAAUUUAGAGCUUAGACAGGUUUGUGAAGGUCUGCUCCAAGAGUUUCUUGACGCUGGAAUUUCCACCUGGCCUGGAUACCUGGGCACAAUGCCAUCAUCUCUGGAGAUUUUACAUACAAAGUAUGAUGAGAUGGGUGUCCUCUUCACAGUGAUGGUCAGUGAAAGCACACUAAAGAAUGGCCUUCUGCUGAUCCGCAACAGAGACACCACCAUCAGAGAGACUAUGCACAUCUCAGAGAUCAAACACUUCCUGCUCAAAUACAUAUCUGCCUCAGACAAUCUCUGAUUAUUCUCAUCGGAGUCUCAAAGAUACACAGCCUUGUACUGUAAUAAUAUUAUUAAUAUUAGUCUUUUGAUAACUAUGUUGGUAAUAAAAUUACUGUAACCAAAUUGUUUUUCUACUGGUGUAAAAUGUUGUUGUAUGCCAUUUGUAAAAGUUCUUUAUGUUAAAGAAAAAGAAGUGAAUAAAAUUUCAUAUAAAGCUAUUGUAUGAUAUCAGCCUCAAACCACAUUAAGUUUUGAUCACUCUUUAUAAUAUCUCUAUAUGCCAGUUUGUGGUCUUGCUCCAGAGGCAACAGUGAGCGCAUUUACAGUACAUGCAUGUUUUUACACCGAUUAAUGAGCAGACAAUGCGUGUGAUCAUGUAAACGACUUGAACAGCUUUCCUUUAUCGGGGUAAGGUCAUAAACCGUUUAAGCAAAAACCAAUCUGCACACAUAAGCUGCAUCCAUGUACUGUUAGAGUAUGUUAUGUAUUUGAUGAAGAAUUUGAUACGUUGUUUAUGUGUGCAGGUGAGUAGUUUGAAAAGAUGCUGGAUAUACCUCAUCCGGGAAUGUGGGCAUUGUCCCAUGACCCGAAUGUAUGACGUAAUAGCAAAAAAAUAGUUUACUAUGGUUUUGUUAAACCAGCCCCAUUUUUGCACAAGGAAUUACUUUCAUGGUGUAUAUAACACUCAUGGUCUCAUCUCAGCUCCUGAGGCAUGAUGGGACAGAACAGUGUACAGUGGAUGAGCACUUCAGAAUCUCGCCAGAAGUAGUGGGUCAUCCGGGAAUUUCACGAUUAUUGUUUUAUGAAUAUUGAGGAUUCGGACAUACAGUACUACUCCAUUGGCAUAUUUUUGGCAUACUAUAUAGUAGGGAAAUACCGUAUGCAUAUUUGGACACAGCUAGACAUUUUUGCCCAUUACCCCAAUUUUGCGUUGUAUAUAAACAUCCCUAGCGGCGUUAUAAAAAGGCUUUUCUAAUGUGCGCAAGUGUUAUGUGCAUGCCUGUUUACAUUUUAACAUCAAAAGCAAAGAACAAUCCAAUGAUUUCAAGUCUCAAGUAAACACAAUUUUCUUGCUUUGUUGGAUUGUUUGUUUUUUUGUUUUUGUUUUUGUUUUUUUAAUAAGAUGUUUUUAGUGUAAUUUUUUCUCAUCAGAUGAAAAAUGUAUCUUUUUGCACUGAAUUCCAAGGUCUAUAUUUGGAGAAAAUCAAACAUAGCACAUCACCCAAAACAUACCAUACUUACUGUGAAGCAUGGUGGUGGCAAUUGUAUGUUGUGGAGGUGUUUCUAUUCAGGAUUGAAGGGAAAUGGAUGCUGCCUUGUACACUCUUGGGUGGACUUGAAGAGAGCAGUCUAUCGCCACUCACCCAGUAAUUUGACUGAACUCGAACAAUUGUGCAAGGAAGAAUGGGCAAAUAUUCCCCAAUCUAGGUUUGCGAAGCUAGUAGAGACUAUCCAAACAGACUGAUGGCUGUCAUAAAAGCAAAAAGUAGCUAUACGAAGUAUUAAAUCCAGGUAUAUUACCUUUUUUUAUUACUUGAAUAUUUUAAGGAAAAACUUGUAAAAAAGUAAUAAAUAAAUAAAUAAAUUUUUUUACAAAAAAAGCUGAAAAUUUAUAUUUUUUAAUGGGUUUUGAUUUCAAGCUGUAAGACAAAUAAAGUGACUAUUCCAAAGGGGUAUGAUCGUAAAUGGUAAAUAUUAACACAUUGUCUUAUAUUAACAUAUACAUAAGAAUGAAUGGUUAUUUGUUCUAUUUGUGUAUUAUAAUGUGUUAUCUGUGUAUAGUGACAUUGUUUUCCUACUUAGAAAUAUACAUUUAAAUAAUUUCACGAGAAAAAUCACAA